GGCGGCGGCGGGGCAGACCCGGAGUGCUGAGCCAUGCCUAAAGGAGGAAAGCAAAACCAUCCUCAAGAGGAAUGGAUCGGGGACGGGGAGGAGACUCGCCCCGUGCAAGGGGCUGGAGACAAAGUAGUAAAGAAGGGAAAGAAGGAUAAAAAGACCAAAAAAUCGUUCUUUGAGGAACUGGCUGUGGAGGAGAAACACUCCAGCGAGGAUCGGACAGCAGAGAAAGAAAAGAAGGAACAGCAACAACAACAGCAGCAGCAGCAAAGUAAAAGGCGAGAUAAGAAGAAGGAUCAGAAGAAAAAACUGGCAGCGGAAGAAGAUGAGGAAGAGAACCAGCUAAUUGAGAGACUGAAGAAGCUGUCUAACCAAGCCAGCGAUGAGGAAGAGGAAGAGGAAGUGCCCGUUCCUGUCACCAAAGCAGACAAGAAAAAGAAAAGAGGAGGCUCAGCAUUUGCAGUCCUGGCUCAGAGCGAUGAGGAGGAAGCAGAAGAAGAAACCAAGAAGCCCAAGGAAAAAUCUAAGGCUGGAGCCAAACAAACUGCUCAGUCUGAAGAAGCUACCAAAAAACCAAAAGGGAAGAAAAAUCAGCCAGCCCAGAAUAUGUUUGCUGCUCUAGAGGCAGAGGAGACAGAUGAUGAAGAGGAGGACCUCACUGAGGACAGAGAGACAUCCAAACAGGACAGCCAGUCGACAUCGGAGGAAGAAGAGGAGAAGAAGGAGGACGAUCCCUAUGCACACCUCAGCAAGAAGGAGAAGAAGAAGCUCAAGAAGCAGCUGGAGUACGAGCGACAGGUGGCAACCUUGAAAGCAGCCAACGCGGCUGAGAACGACUUCUCGGUGUCCCAGGCAGAGAUGACCUCGAGGCAAGCCAUGUUGGAAAAUGCCUCAGACAUCAAGCUGGAGAAGUUUAGCAUCUCAGCUCACGGAAAAGAAUUGUUUGUCAACGCAGACUUAUAUAUUGUAGCUGGGCGCCGAUAUGGCCUGGUGGGCCCUAAUGGGAAGGGCAAAACCACUUUGCUGAAACACAUCGCUAACCGGGCCCUGAGCAUCCCUCCCAAUAUUGACGUGCUGCUCUGUGAACAAGAGGUGGUUGCAGAUGAGACUCCAGCUGUGCAAGCUGUGCUGAAGGCUGACACCAAGCGACUGAAGCUGUUGGAGGAAGAGAAACAUCUGCAGGCACAGCUGGAGAAAGGGGAUGACACAGCAGCAGAGCGCCUGGAAAAGAUCUAUGAGGAACUGCGGGCUACGGGAGCAGCAGCAGCAGAGGCCAAAGCACGGAGAAUCCUGGCUGGGUUGGGCUUCAACCCUGAGAUGCAGAAUAGACAAACCAAGAAAUUCUCAGGGGGCUGGCGCAUGAGGGUGUCCUUGGCCAGAGCCUUGUUCAUGGAGCCCACGUUGCUGAUGCUUGAUGAACCUACCAAUCACUUGGAUCUCAAUGCAGUCAUCUGGCUUAAUAACUAUCUCCAAACAUGGAAGAAAACCCUUCUCAUUGUUUCCCAUGACCAGGGAUUCUUGGAUGAUGUGUGCACAGAUAUCAUCCACUUGGACAUGCAGAAGCUUUUCUACUACCGGGGAAACUAUAUGACUUUCAAGAAGAUGUAUCAGCAGAAACAGAAGGAGCUGCUCAAACAGUAUGAGAAGCAAGAGAAGAAGCUCAAAGACCUGAAAGCCGGGGGAAAGUCAACAAAGCAGGCAGAAAAGCAGACCAAGGAGGCCCUGACGCGGAAGCAGCAGAAAUGCCGCAAGAAGAACCAGGACGAAGAGUCCAGCGAGGCCCCCGAGCUCCUGAAACGGCCAAAGGAGUACACCGUGAAGUUCACCUUUCCAGACCCACCACCUCUCGCCCCACCCAUUCUGGGCCUCCAUGGCGUGGACUUCAGUUAUGAAGGGCAGAAGCCCCUUUUCAAAAAUUUGGACUUUGGGAUUGACAUGGAAUCACGAAUCUGUAUCGUGGGCCCCAAUGGGGUGGGGAAAAGUACACUGCUGUUGCUGUUAACUGGGAAGCUGACACCGACCAGAGGAGAAAUGAGGAAAAACCACAGGCUAAAAGUCGGCUUCUUCAACCAGCAAUACGCCGAUCAGCUGAAUAUGCAGGAAACAGCGACGGAAUAUCUUCAGCGCAAUUUCAACCUGCCCUAUCAAGAUGCCCGUAAAUGUCUGGGGCGGUUUGGCCUUGAGAGUCAUGCGCACACCAUCCAGAUUUGCAAGCUGUCUGGGGGACAAAAAGCCCGUGUAGUAUUUGCUGAACUGGCUUGCAGAGAGCCAGAUGUCCUCAUUUUGGAUGAACCAACAAAUAACCUGGACAUUGAAUCCAUUGAUGCCUUGGGAGAUGCCAUCAAUGACUAUAAAGGGGCUGUGAUCAUUGUCAGCCAUGAUGCUCGGCUUAUCACAGAGACCAACUGCCAUCUGUGGGUGGUGGAGGACCAGACAGUCAACCAGAUUGAUGGCGACUUUGAAGACUACAAACGUGAAGUGCUAGAAGCCCUAGGUGAAGUCCUUGUCAACCGACCCAGAGAAUGAGGCUGUAAGAGGUGGAGUCUCCAGAACACGCACAGCCUCUUUCCAUUUUCCUAGUGGAAGCUCCGCCCUCUAAAGAAGCAGGGCUUUAUUUAUGUGACACGGAGGGACAGAUCUGAACACGUGCAAGAAAUUAAAAACUGUCCGUUCUUUAACUUUUCCCCUUCCUCUCCCACCAGCAGGGAAGUGAACUUAUCCAAAGGGUUGAUGAAGGGUGUGGUUGGGUAGGUGUCUCAUAAUGACUUCUUUUUCCCCAAGCAGACAUUUUGGAAGACCACUCUCAUUUUGCAAAUCUCCUCUCUCCUCUCCUUCCACUAUUUUUGGGAAUAGUUGGAACACAGACAUGUAAACUUAUUAAAUUAAAGCGUGACGGUCACUCUU